AUGUCAUCCCGAAUCCAAAAGAUUAUCGACGAAUUUGGCAAUAAUCCACUAGGUAAAUCGCCACUAGCGAAACGACCCUUGACAGCUACACCAGAGACGAUCCUUGCGAUGGUAAUGGAUGCGAUGGUCAAGUCAAAGCCCAUUUCACAUGAGCUUUCACAAAAGACAAUCAAUCAUCUUAUUGAAGCUGGCUAUCAUGACAUCGACAAGCUUCACAGCAGUACAUGGGAGGAAAGAACAAUGGUUCUCCGCGAAGGAGGAUAUAAUCGCUAUCGAGAACAAACUGCAACGAAUCUUGGCAAUCUGGCCGAAUUCGUGGUAAAUGAGUACGAUGGUGAUCUCAAUAAUCUACUCAAGAGCGCUCAUGGGCAGAGAGAGAAGACGCGAGAAUUGAUCAAAGAGAUCAAAGGAAUUGGCGAUUUGGCCGUGGAAUUAUUCUUCGACAAUGUCCAAAGUGUCUGGUCUUCCAUCGCCCCAUUUGUCGACUCACGAAGCCUUCAAACGGCUGAAGAGUUGGGGAUUGGGGCCGAUAUGCAUGCAAUGUACAGCGCACUGCAUCAAGACCCCAAGCAGAUGAGUUGGUUUGUCAACGGACUGUCAUCUGUGCGUCUGGAGAAGAAGCAACAUGUUAUAGAAAGUAUGUAG